AAACCCUAAUUCUGAUUAAAUCAAUUUUUCCCUUUCUGUCCCAAAUGAAACCCUAGCUGCCACCCUCACCCCCCUUCAGCCACCGAAACCCUUUUUCCCAAAACCAACAACAGCAGCUUCAUGGAAGGGGAGAGAACUAACAGAGAAGAGGAGCAGGAGAGGGGGGCUGCGCCGGCGCUACUGGGUCUCGCCACCACCGCCGAUGCCGCUGAAGUAAGGAUACGCCGAGCUGCUGCACGCGGGGAGCCAUUCUGUCGCCUUGCCCUGCCCAGUUGAGGCCGCCGCUGCUGUUCACGGGGUCUUCUCCGUCACGGAUCGGAACUGAGGUGAGAGAGAAAGAGACUGACAGGAGGGCAUGCGCGCGAGAAGGGAGGAAGGCCUCGCAAGGAGCGUCGCGCCACCGCUGCUGUCCGUGCCGUCGCCGUCGCCACUGGUCCACCUUGGAGCCGCCGUCGAAGCUGAACCACGGAGAGAGAAAGUUCGCGAGUCAGAGAGGGCUGCGAACCUGGAACCGCCGCGCCCAGUCACGCCGUCGCCGUCUCUGCCCAGCGCAACCACUGGUGAUGGGUUGCCGAGAAACUACGCCGCCAUCGCCGGAAAGACACUGUCGCCGCCUCUGCCGCCGAAAACAGCCGCUGAGUCCUCUGUGUUGUUUAUCGCGAGUUGCCGCCGUUUUGGUCACCGGCUGUGACGUUGAUGUUGCCGGAACAGCCACUGGUGCUGCCGCUACUUGGUUCCCUCGAGUUCGGUUAUGGAUGACGAAGUUUGGAAGAGCUUAUUUCUUUUCUGUUAGACGAUAUUUCUGCAUUGUUUUAGUCUUAUGUUUCCCUCACCUUUAACUUUGCAAGUUUUGUAAGAGGGAUAUGAUUUUAAUAUGAGAUGCUUGUAAAUUAAUAUGCUUGUAAAUUAAUAUGAUUUUUUGAAAGUUAGGGUGUUACAAAAAACAAAUAGAAUGAAAAGAACUUACAGUUCA